AUGGACAUGGAUAAAGAGUUCAGACGACAAAAAUCGGUAACGACAGAGGCAACUCGAGCGGAUGAAAUCAACAGGUCUGCACCGCCAAUGGAACAACACGAAACAAUUAAAGACUCACAAUCGGCUGCUUUACGAUUGGCAUUAAAUGCGGGCAAAGAGACACCGGAGAAGAAUGACCCAGACCAGUCGCCGAUGUUGCCACAAAGGAUGUCUAGAACUGAAACUGUCAGGCAAGAUGUGAGAAAAUUGAAGACUGUCACGUUGAAUAGAAUGGGCAAAAUGUUUAAGCAACGCUCGCAGACCCCAAUUGCAGAGAAAUCAUCUUCGUACAACCCCAGGAGCGCUGCGAAAUCAGUUGAGAACUACGAUGAGCAGCCAUCGAAGAAGGAAAAAAGCAAUUCUCUGGGAAGAAUGUUGAAGCUCGUGGAUAAAGACGGCUCACCGAAAAAGCUGUUUCAUCCUCGAGCCGGAUCCUUGAGCCGUAUGUUACGUCGACAUUCCAAUAACGAGAAUAACGAUGAGAAAAAGGAUAUAGACGACACCACACCUGGCAUUUUCUCGAGGAUGUUAAAUCAGUUAAGAGGUCGACCUCAAAGUGGAUCCUCGGUCAAAAGGAACACGGCGGCAGGAAGUAAAUCGAGCUCGUUACCGCCGAAAGCGCCAACAAAUUCGAGAAUGUCCAAUUUCUCGUCAUCGACAACGGUUGCGUCGCCUGCGACACAGACCCAGAAGUCGCUUCAGAAAUUAGUUAACCUGGAAUAUUCUGUUUAA